AUGGCAGUGGAUAACAAUUUGGCAGCCAUGAUUGAAAGGAUUAUGGCACAAAAUGAGGUAAAUGUUGGCCUCCAUAGGCCAAACUAUAAGUCACCAUUAUCUGAGUAUAUUCUGCAGUCAGAGUUACCCCCUAGAUGGGAAGUGCCAAAGUUUAAGAAAUUCUCUGGGGACACUAGCAAAUCUAAUGUCGAACAUGUGGCAAGGUACCUAAUUGAGGCAGGGGACAUUGUAAAUAAUGAGAAUAUGAAAGUAAAUUACUUCCCCAGUUCCCUCACUGAGAAUGCCUUUACAUGGUUCAUGAUGCUCCUAGCAAGUUCGAUUCAUGAUUGGACUUAUUUAGAAAGACCAUUCCAUAAACAAUUUUACAUGGGGCAGUCGAAGAUUAGUCUGAAGGAAUUGGCUAGCGUUAAGCAUAAAUUCACUGAGCCAAUAGACGAGUAUCUUAAUAGGUUAUGUUUGCUAAAGGCAAGGUGUUUUACACAAGUGCCUGGGCCCGAGUUAGUCGAAUUGGCCGCUGAUGGCCUAGAUUAUUCCACCAGAAAGAAAUUGGACACCCAAUACUUGAGGGAUAUAUCCCAAUUGGUUGAUAGAGUUCGACAGGUAGAGCGCCUGAAGGCCGGAAAAGCCAGGGUGAAUAAAAACAACAAGAGAGAAAGGGUAGCCUAUGUCGAAUUAGAUGGAGAUGAUCAAAGGACAUAUAGUGACUUUUUAAAUUUCGAUGAAAGUGAAAUCGAUCUCGCUGAAUUAAAAUAA